AAGAAACUUGUCCUCUAUUCUUCCUUCUACUUAUUCCAACACUUUCCAUUGCACACGCCAAAUCUUCCUCUUCAUUGUUAUGAUUGUAUGUGCAAAUUUGAUUUCCUGCCUCUGCCAUACUUCAAAUCUUCAAAAAUAUUCCACCUGUCGAGUAAUCCCCUGAAAGAACACGUUCGUGAAUAAAAAGGUAUAAUUCAUGGUAGAGUGCUUGUGUCAUAAAAAAAACUGAUAAUGAUAACACUUACCAGCUCUGGUUUCCACUGAUUGUGUAAGAAAUUAUUGUUAAUUUUAGUUUAUAAAUAAGAAAUUCAAACAUUUCGUUAUGUUUCGCUAUUUAUACUACCACGUGGUUGAUAGUAGUAUCCCCCACCCGUCAAGUAGGCGCAUGUUGUUUUAAAACAUACGAACGUCAGAUGUCUGAGGCCGCUGGAGUUCAUGUCUUGAGUAAUAAAAUUAUUUCUGAUAGCAAACGCAAAUAUCUUACCGACAAAUUUGCGGGUUAUUAGGAAAUUGUUUUUCGUUUUUCAAUACUUGAUACGUUCUCCAACGCAUGCGCGCGGCCAAUUUAGCUUCAUAAAAAGGGAAGAGUGGUACCGUGUCCAAUAAGAGCACGUAAAAUAUACAGCUAUUUUAGUAACAAUCUCUCUACCGGUGAAAUACAUUAUUGAGGAAGAGUACCAUCAGCAAUAUUCGAAAACAUGGCUACAGUGAAAGAAGUUGGCGGCUACAAAGUUGGGAAUCUCAUCAUAGAAGGCAAGACUAAACAAGUGUAUGAUGUGCCUUCAAUGCCAGGUCACUGCAUUCUAUUGAGCAAAGACAGAAUCACUGCAGGAGAUGGUGUCAAAGCUCAUAAUCUGGCUGGAAAAUCAGUGAUCUCCAACCAAACCACCUGCAAAGUAUUCGAAAUCCUCAAAAGUGUGGGCAUAAAGACUGCCUUUGAGAAGCAGGUGGCUCCAAAUGCAUUCCUUUCAAAGAAAUGUGAGAUGAUCCCUAUUGAGUGGGUGACAAGACGUUUGGCUACUGGAUCAUUUUUGAAAAGACAUCCCGGUGUCAAGGAAGGUUAUCGUUUCAGCCCUCCUAAGCAGGAAACAUUCUUCAAGGAUGAUGCUAACCAUGACCCACAGUGGUCCAAGGAACAGAUUAUUUCUGCCGAAUUCAAGGUCAAUGGAACUCUCAUAGGUAGCCACGAGGUAGAUCUGAUGUCAAAGAUGUCCAUACUGGUAUUUGAAGUACUUGAAAAAGUAUGGCAGACGAGGAAUUGUGCUCUCAUUGACAUGAAGAUUGAAUUUGGAGUAGAUAGUGAUGGACAACUUAUGGUAGCAGACGUGAUCGACUCUGACAGUUGGCGACUGUGGCCUGCUGGUGACAAAAGACUGAUGGUAGACAAACAAGUGUACCGUAACCUGAGCACAGUCACAGACAAGGACUUGGAUACCGUGAAGAGAAACUUUGAAUGGGUGGUUGAACAGUUGGACCACUUGGUACCACCAAACGAACAUUUGGUAGUCAUCGUUAUGGGCAGCCCUGCUGAUAAAGCACAUUGUGAGAAUAUACAGAAGUAUUGUAAUGAGUUGGGACUGAAAAGCGAAGUCAGGUAAUCAUAGUAGAAUAAUAACUAGUUGGUUAAACUCUUUUAAUAAAAUCGUUGCAAUAAGUUUCAUAAUUUGGAAUGUGUAUAGUAUGACGCGUCUUUGCCACUGAUACUCUAAACUCUAGAAGAUCAACCAUUUAAUGUCACAACAGAUACCAGGGACUACAAUAUAACGUAGCAUUCAGAACGAGCUUUUGUUUUCUUGGUUUACAGCCUCAAUAAACCAAACUAGAAAGUGUUUUGUAAUCACAAGAAAUGUUUAAUUUCAGGUGUACGUCAGCUCACAAAACAACUGAAUAUACUCUUGAUAUGAUCAGUUUCUACGAAGGCUUGAAUGUCCCACUUGUAUUCAUCGCUGUAGCAGGUAGAUCAAAUGGAUUGGGACCAGUGAUUUCAGGUAAUAAUAAUAUGGAAACACCACCCUCUUGUACAAUCUCGAAAUUUUCACCUAUCUGUCACUAGUUGAGACUGUAACAAAAGGAAACACAACCAGGGACAGUAUAUCCUAACAUGCUGAUUUUUUACACACCCUGUAUCAUAAUGCCUCAAACAUAUUUUUUAUAAGUCUAAUCCUGCUAUCAGAGAAAAAACGUGUUCUUGUUAGGCUUCGAAGAAAUGGGAGCAAUGAGAAAAACAGCCAAUAUGCUGGAUCCAGUACCAAAAAUCAUAUAACUGUAUUGAAGCGUUUUUUUUUUCUCAAAUCAGCUCAUAGUCUUACCCAAAAACGACCAUUAUCGAAUCUGCGUCUUGCCAGGCCCAAAAUUGCGACAGAAGUUGUAACAAUUUUAUUGAACAGAUUCCAAAAACUGUUUUUCUUUUUUUCACAUCGGAGCAGGCAGAAGGCGAAAUGCCCGGGUACCGCGGCUGCUAUGAGGAUCCCAAUGAAACUUUGUUAAUCCAAUUUUUGAACUGCCUAAAGUUAGUAGAACUGGAAAAAGCAUCCUCUUAGGGAUUGUUCCACAAUCUCGACACUCUAGGAACAAAGGAGCGGUCGUAUCGGCCAUUUCUGGAUGUACGAAGUUUGACAUGGUUAGGAUGGAAGACCGAAGUUAGGCGGGUCUGUUUGACAGGCACAUCGCACGGUGGCAUCAUGGAGGAAAGCUCUGAGGAGCAAAGCCAGUUGGCGUAGCGGUAGAAGAGAGCUACAUCACCGGUGCAAAAGGGUCCAGAGACUGUCUGUUAGAUAAGUUAUCGAUCAGUUGGGCAGCCCUCCUCUGGAUAAUAGAGUCGGGGCGGCAGCACCCCAAACGUGUGAGGAAUACUCGAUGCUAGGUCUCACCUGGGCCUUGCCAUCAAGCCCUUGGUGAUCUGGACUCCAACCACCCUAAAUGAACGGCUUUCUUCCAGAACUCGGCCAUCCAUAACCGGAUGAGCGCUAGUACGUUUUUUGUUCCUCAAGGUACAGUACGGCGGCUUUUUGGAAGCAUUAAACUGUACAAGUUUGUUACAUCCCCAAGCAGUGCUAACCUCAGGGUCUCUAGUCAGAGAGGAAGUCGCUGGUAGUGUUCUUUUUUCCAGCUCACCGGCAGCGAUCGGCUUGUCGCUCUAUUCCUGUAUGUAGAGUACUGUGAUCAGCAAAACUGUGGAUUGGAUUGAUUGUGCAGGAAAGGAGGUCGUUGAUAUGAAAGAGGAACAGUGUCGGAGCUAAGAGCGAUCCCUGAGGAACACCCGCGUUGACGUUGUGGGAUGAAAAGGAGAACCUGUCAAUUACGUCGGAUAUCUUGCGGCCAGGGAAAAAGUCAGCCAUCCAUCUGGAAAGCUUUUCUGUCACAGCUGAUCUAACGCUUUCGUGAUAUCAAGAGCAACGGCAUGAGCCUCACCAUACCCAUAACUACGUUACGUGGUCUAGGAGGUCCCCUAUAGAUCUCUGGUGCCGGAAACGGUACUGCGUGUCGCUAAUCAACCCGUGAUGUUCGAGGAAGUCCAGAAGCUCGUGAUUUACGCACCUCUCCAUCACCUUACUUAUAACAGAAACCAGAGCUAUAAAACUGUAGUUGUAAGGGUCGGUCUUAGAUCCCUUUUAGGGAUGGGUUGGAUAUAAGCAAGUUUCCAGUUUUCUGGAAAGGUGCCGGAUUCGUAAGAUAUCUGGAACAGACCCGAAAGAACUGAAGCAAGCUUCGCUUUUCGCUCCAGAGUUUUUUUAGUCUAUUUUGAAUGUACAUUGCAAUUCAUUUAUUUUUUUCUAUCUUUACUUUCAAUGCGUGCGAGAGAAAGAAGCGUGUAACACGUUUGUUAUGUAACCUGUCGCGUUGCCAUCAUGCAGCCUCGCUCUGCAAAAGGUUGCGUGUACUGACGCAGAGUUUACGUAAAAACAAAUAUUUACUAUAACCCUGAAAUGCUUUAGGAUUUUGUUAAUAGACGUUUAAAGAAACUUUCAACAUAAUAUACGGCUUCAUAAGAACAAACCAAAAACAAUUUUUGGAAUUAAUAAAAAAAAAACAUUGUCAAACCAAUUUUGAUGCAAUUUUGAGUCAGGCGACAUAUGCAUAUUCGUUAAAAGGGACACUUUUUGAAUGGAAUUAUGGAAAAAGAAUUGGAAUAUUUUUGUGAGCAGAUACGAAGAUCCUUCCUUUUAUUCACAGUGGUCAUUUUCUUCAGAAAUAUUUUCCACCCCCUUUAGGGGGUGAAUUUUUGUGCGAAUAUUUUUUUUAGGAUCUGAAAGAUUACCUUCUUAUUCUGGUGUACCGGGUAUACAUUUACCUGGUCCCCCCUUAAAGAACACGGGGUAGUAGCGCCUCGGACCAAAGACAAUUGUAUACCAUCUUAAAAUACGAUAACAACGAUAAACGAAGUUGAAAAACUGUUUUUUCUAGAUUCUCGACAACCCCGCCAUAGGCGGAACUGAGAUAUCUAGCCACAUGAGCAUUAUUUUAAUCGUUUUUUUAGGUAACACCGACUACCCGGUAAUAAACUGUCCCCCUGGCCCGAAAGAAGAUCUGCAACGUGACGUAUGGUCCAGCCUAAAUGUGCCCUCAGGCCUUGGCUGCAGUACAGUCGUGUACCCCGAAACAGCUGCUUUGUGUGCCGCCCAAAAUAUCGCUCUCACAAACUACAUCGUUUGGGCCAAGCUCAGAGCACGAAGACUGGGAUUCCUUGAAACCCUGCCUAGGGCUGAUAAGGAAAUAAGAAGCACUCAUUGAAUAUUAAAUAUUUCGUUAUUAUAUUAAAAAUGUGAAUAAAUGGUUAUGGUAUGUAUGUGGUGUUCUUAAUCGCAACACACAGUGUUGUAAUAUAGCCGCCAAUGGUAAAUAUACAUGUGAUUCAAAUAUCGGUUAUGUGUCUUUAUAUACAGUCGAUAUUGCUACAUGAGGCCAUCUACAACCUUAUUCUAUACAGGGUGGCCAAUAUGUAACUGACUGGUUUGUAUCUUGAAUAUUUGUGAAAUGAAAUAAAAUACGUC